AUGCCUCCACCACACACAGUUCACUAUUGUGUUUCAAACAACAAUCUAAAUGGAACGAUUUCACCUUUGAUCUGCAGUCUGACUUCUCUUCAGCACCUUGAUCUCUCCAACAACAAUAUGAGUGGAAUGCUUCCCCCCUGUCUCGGAAACUUCAGCGUUGAUCUGCGAGUUUUAUUUCUUGGAAAUAACUUUUUCAGCGGCUUUCUUCCUGAAAUAUACACCAGCACUAGCAGUCUGAGUUUGAUUGAUGUUAGUCAUAACCAAUUGCGAGGGGAACUACCAAGGUCGUUGGGGAACUGCACGACACUUGAGUUUAUUGAUCUGUCAUACAAUAAAUUCAGCGAUGUUUUUCCCAUUUGGUUGGGGGCUCUUCCAGAGUUAAAACUUUUGGCAAUGCACCACAACGCGUUCUAUGGUCUGAUAGAGGAACCUGAUCAGGACAAUGUUGAAUAUUUCCCUGAGUUGCGAAUUAUGGAUCUAUCUUUUAAUAGUUUCAGAGGCAAGUUUCCAUCUCAAAACAUCUUUUCCGGGAAUGUCAUGAGGGGUGUCACUCGAAACCAGUCAAAAUAUAUGAAAGUGGACACAGGUAUCGAUGCUCCUAGUCUUCAGCUAAUCUUUAGUACAUUUUACUCAAUCACGAUAACUAGCAAAAGUGUGGAAAGAUAUUAUGCGAAGAUUCAAGAAGCCUUUUCAGUGAUUGACAUCUCAAGCAACAAAUUUGAAGGGAGGAUUCCUGAAUUUAUUGGGAACCUAGAGGGGUUGAUCUCAUUCAAUAUAUCUGGUAACCUCCUAACUGGUCCCAUCCCAUCAUCUUUCGGGAAUUUAAGAUGGCUAGAAUCACUGGACCUUUCACAAAACAAGCUUUCAGGACAAAUCUCUCAAAGCCUCACGCAGUUUACAUUCCAUGCAAUAUUCAUUGUCUCUAACAACAAUAUGACAGGUCCAAUACCGCAUGGAACCCAACUUAUUUCAUUUGGUAGCAGUUCAUAUGAAGGAAACCCUGGAUUGUGUGGUGAUCCUUUGCCAAAGAAAUGCGGAGAUCCUAAGGCUCCUCGCCUGUCGCCUUCAAAAACCGAAGAACAUGAUGCAGGCUCGUUUGAAUUUGAUUGGAAAUUUGUUUUGGCGGGUCUCGGAAGUGAGUUGGUAGUGGGAGUUGUUCUUUCUGAUGUGGUGAUCACAAAGAAGCAUGAAUGGUUUGUUGAGAUUGUUAAAACCAUCAAGCUGAUGAUAGGAGAUUCAUAA